UGCUUUUGGUCCUGCCCGGGACCCAGACACAAGCCGGCCAGAUGCCAUGUGUGGCGCCAGGGCCCAAAAAUCGGGCCUGGGUGGGUACGGGGCCGGCCUGCUGGCUGCUCUGCUCGGACUGAGCUUCCUGUCCCAGCAUGCCCAGACCGCAGAACCCACCAACGUCACCAGCGCUGCGAAUAACACAACCACCCAGACCAUGAAGUCCACUCCAUCCCUGUCAGAGGUAUGUGGCAAGACCAAAUUCCAAGGGAAGAUCUAUGGCGGUCAGAUUGCAGGGGCUGAGCGGUGGCCGUGGCAGGCCAGUCUGCGCUUAUAUGGCAGGCACAUCUGUGGAGCAGUUCUCAUCGACAAAAACUGGGUAGCCACCGCUGCCCACUGCUUCCAAAGGUCUCGAGAACCAAGGGACUACCAGGUCAUGCUAGGCUACACUGAACUGAACAGCCCCACCAGGUACAGCAGGACGAUGUCAGUGCAGAAGGUCAUCGUUCACAAAGACUACGACAGAUUCUACCCCCAAGGAAGUGACAUUGUCCUGUUGCAGCUGCGUUCCUCUGUGGAGUACAGCUCCCACAUCCUCCCAGCCUGUGUCCCUGAGAAAAACAUAAUAAUCCCCAAAGAGAAGGCCUGCUGGACAAGCGGCUGGGGUCAUCUCAGAGAGGACGUGCGAAUUCCUUUGCCUAAUAAAUUGUAUGAAGCCGAGCUCAUCGUCAUGAAUAAUGACCAGUGUAAAGGAUUUUUCCCACCACCAGCUCCAGGAUCUGGUCGAAGCUACUACAUAUACGAUGAUAUGGUGUGUGCUGCUGACUAUGCCAUGUCAAAAUCCAUUUGCGCAGGAGAUUCUGGGGGCCCCCUUGUCUGCUUACUGAAAGGCUCCUGGUACGUGAUAGGGCUGACCAGCUGGAGCUCCUCAUGUGAAGAUCCAAUCGCCAGCCCCAGCGUCUUCGCCAGGGUCUCCUACUUUGACAAGUGGAUUAAAGAUAACAAGAAAUCAUCAUCCAACUCAAAGCCAGGGGGGUCCCCUCACCCUCAGAGACCCCCAAAUGAUCCAGGAUCCCCUGAGAAUGAAAAUCCCGAGGACGACAAUAAAAACCAAGGCACUGUCAUCAAGCCGACAGUCUGCACAGCCCUGCUGCUCUCCCAGGCCCUCCUGCAACAGUUGAUUUAGUUCAGGGAUCUGUGAUGGAGCCACGGGGCCUUGGACAGCCAGAAUGUCCUGCAAGCCACCUCACUGAGCACUGUCUUCCAUGCCUCCAUCAGUAUGCCACACUUGCCCUGGACCAGGCAAAACAAAGAAUGAGCAAUAAAACUAAAAACUAAAGAAA